GCUGGGUGCGCGGCGGCGGAGAGCGAGGCCUGCUGAGCACCGCUGAGGCGCGGGUCCGCUCUUCGAGGCUGCGCGCGGGAGGGCUACGGCGGGCAGGCGAGCGAGCCAGCGGCUGCCCCCAGCAGUGGCACCGGGAUCGGUUGCCUUGAGUCGGAAAUCAUGAGUACCCCAGGAAAAGAGAACUUUCGCCUGAAAAGUUACAAAAAUAAGUCCUUGAAUCCUGAUGAGAUGCGCAGAAGGAGAGAGGAAGAAGGACUGCAGUUACGCAAGCAGAAAAGAGAAGAGCAGUUAUUCAAACGAAGAAAUGUUGCUACAGCAGAAGAAGAAACAGAAGAAGAAGUUAUGUCAGAUGGAGGUUUCCAUGAGGCUCAGAUUAAUAACAUGGAGAUGGCACCAGGUGGUGUUAUUACUUCUGACAUGAUUGAAAUGAUAUUUUCCAAUAUCCCAGAACAACAGCUUUCAGCAACACAGAAAUUCAGAAAAUUGCUUUCAAAAGAACCUAAUCCUCCUAUUGAUGAAGUCAUCAGCACACCAGGAGUAGUGGCCAGGUUUGUGGAGUUCCUCAAACGAAAAGAGAAUUGUACACUCCAGUUUGAAUCAGCUUGGGUACUGACAAAUAUUGCUUCAGGAAAUUCUCUUCAGACCCGGAUUGUGAUUCAGGCGGGAGCUGUGCCUAUCUUCAUAGAGUUGCUCAGCUCAGAGUUUGAAGAUGUCCAGGAGCAGGCAGUCUGGGCUCUUGGCAACAUUGCUGGAGAUAGUACCAUGUGCAGGGACUAUGUCUUAGACUGCAACAUUCUUCCCCCUCUUUUGCAGUUAUUUUCAAAGCAGAACCGCCUGACCAUGACUCGGAAUGCAGUAUGGGCUUUGUCUAAUCUCUGUAGAGGGAAAAGUCCACCUCCAGAAUUUGCAAAGGUUUCCCCCUGUCUGAAUGUGCUUUCCUGGUUGCUGUUUGUCAGUGACACUGAUGUGCUUGCUGAUGCCUGCUGGGCUCUCUCAUAUCUGUCUGAUGGACCUAAUGAUAAAAUUCAAGCAGUCAUUGAUGCAGGAGUGUGUAGGAGACUUGUGGAGCUGCUGAUGCAUAAUGAUUAUAAAGUGGUUUCUCCUGCUCUGCGGGCUGUGGGAAACAUUGUCACAGGGGAUGAUAUUCAGACACAGGUAAUUUUGAAUUGCUCAGCUCUGCAGAGUUUAUUGCAUUUGCUGAGUAGUCCAAAGGAAUCUAUCAAAAAGGAAGCAUGUUGGACAAUAUCUAAUAUCACAGCUGGAAAUAGGGCACAGAUCCAGACUGUGAUAGAUGCCAACAUUUUUCCAGCCCUCAUUAGUAUAUUACAAACUGCUGAGUUUCGGACAAGGAAGGAAGCAGCUUGGGCCAUCACAAAUGCAACUUCUGGAGGAUCAGCUGAACAGAUUAAGUACCUCGUAGAACUAGGCUGUAUCAAGCCACUCUGUGAUCUCCUCACAGUCAUGGACUCUAAGAUUGUACAGGUUGCCCUAAAUGGCUUGGAAAAUAUCCUGAGGCUUGGAGAACAAGAAGCCAAAAGGAACGGCACUGGCAUUAACCCUUACUGUGCUUUGAUUGAAGAAGCUUAUGGUCUGGAUAAAAUUGAAUUCUUACAGAGUCAUGAAAACCAGGAGAUCUACCAGAAGGCCUUUGAUCUUAUUGAGCAUUACUUCGGGACCGAGGAUGAGGACAGCAGCAUCGCACCCCAGGUUGACCUUAGCCAGCAGCAGUACAUCUUCCAGCAGUGUGAGGCUCCUAUGGAAGGUUUCCAGCUUUGAAGCAAUACUCUGCUUUCAUGUUCCUGUGUCAGACAAGGCUACCCAGUCAAGUCCUCUUGUGGAGCCCACAGUCCUCAUGGAGCUAACUUCUCAAAUGUUUUCCAUAAUACUGUUUGCGCUCAUUUGCUUGCCUUGCGCACCUGCUCUCUUAUACACCUCUGGAAAACCUCUGGCUCUCUGUGGUGGAAUACCCUUCUAAUAAAAGGGUAACCAGAACGGCCCACUCUCUUAUGGAAAAUCCCUAGGCUUUUGGAGAUCUGCACUUAUAUAUUAUAAGAGUCAUGGGAAUAUACACAUAUUAAUGUGGCUCCCUUUUUUUGUGGGGGAAAAAAGAGGACUCCUCCUUAUUCCCUUUAAAGUGGGGAAAAACACUGACAUUAAAAGAUGAGACUAAACCUUUAUCUUGAAUUUCACACAACUCUUGCAACAAGGGAGAUGUUUAGACUUGUUGUGUAUACUUCAGAGUACUUUUCAUGAGUUCUUCCACAGUGAACCCUUGGAUUACCUGGUGGCUUUUUCUAGCCAAAUUUGCAUUAAUCCUUACUGAGAUUGGAGGUUCUCUCUCCUUUAUUGGCGCCAUUCUUCACAGAUACUAAAGUUAAACCAUCUGCUCCCUCACCUUCAGCCUUCAAUGAAUGUGCUUUCUAGUUGUCAGGAAUGCUGAAGAAUUAACACUGACUCUUAAAUGUGAUACUGGUUUGAAGAUUCUCUUAGAGCAGAAAGGAGAGGGGCACAUAUUAAUUUGUAUGGCUACUGCUUCUCUUUGGUCUUACGUGUCUUAGGAUUUGGAAGUGGUUCAACUCUAAUGCUGGUAUGAAGAUUUAGAAUCCUUAGUAAUUGAAACCAUAUCUUUUAAUUCAAUAAAAAAGUGAAAAACAGCAAAAAAAAACUCCUCCAAUUUUCACAAACUCAACCAGUGUGACUAGAGGCUGUGUUUGUGCAUUAAAACAAUGUUUCAGGCUUUGUGGUCCUGAUCAAGGUCCUCAUUAAAUUGAAAGUUCACCCUAGGUGCUUUUCCCCUGACUGGCAGAUCACACGUACUUUUAAAGGUUACUUAGGGAAUUAUUUUCUUCGUCCAGUGCAGCUUGAUUCUAAUGUAGUCAUGCUGCAUAUAUGAUCCCUUUAAUGUAGCAUCCUUAAACAAAUAACCAUCUUUUCAACAUGACUUGUUUAACCCAAAUAAGGGCAGUGAUCUUUCCUUAUAACCUCAUUGUUCCCUAAUCAUUUAAUUUCAUCUCCUAUUAGUACUGCCCAGUCAACUCCCUCCCAUAAAUAAAAGCAGUUUCUACCUUCUGCCUCAUUCAAUGAUGACUGCAAUCUGUACCUGCAAAUGGCGCUUCCAGAACUGUCUUCAGUGAUCCACGUUUGUGCUUGGACUGGGAUGAAAGAAUAAGCUUAAUUGCCAAGAGAACUGCAACUGAGUUCAAUACGACUUCUUGGUGCUAGUUGGCCAUCUUGACUCAAUGUUGGGACACAGUAUCAGAGAAGAUUUUUUGUUGAUGUGCUGUUCAAAAUGAAUUCUGAAGGAAAAGUUGCUCACUUCUGUUUCAGAGAAUACCCUUUUAACCUCUUUAAUCUUGUCCUCUUCUAGAAUUUAUUAUAACCCCAAAGUGUAACUAUUUGGAAGUUCCCCUGACGAGCUAUUAUACAUCUCUGGUAAAUCCUGCUGAAUGAUAGGGAUAUUCAGAGCUUUCAUACCUCAUCAUGUUAUUUAAGCAGCCAACUUAUGUGACCUGAUUUAAACUUUAAAAAAUCCACUUCAUUCAAAGUAGAAAGAUACAAAGACAAAGGACAUUUAUCAGCCAAGCGUGUGACGCAUUCUUCACAUCUAAUCUGUAGUUGUGUCUGUGCUCUGGAUGGGUACCGUCUGAUGUCUGUCUGUUAUUGAUGGAGCAGUCCCUGCAAAACUAGGCAACUCCCAUCUAUAAUUGUUACUUUUUCUAGUGCUGCUUUGUGCUGAAAGAACAUUUUAGUUUACUGCACUUGACCUGUAAAAGACUUUGAUUCUUUGUAAUUUUAGGGACAAAUUAGGUGGUUAAUUUAAAGAAAAACUUUCAAUGUUGCCUUUACAUCACAUUAAAAUAUAACUUCUUUCAGAAGGGUAAUAGAAGCACUGAUUCAUAGUAAAAAUCUUGUUUUUAGCUUUGACUUUUUGUGGCUGAGUUUUUUUAAAUUGUAAAUUACUGGUAACAUUAUUUCUCUAGGAUGUUUUAAAUUAUGUACCUUCUAUUGGAUAAUUUUAAAAAAUUUCAGUUCAUUUUGAUAAACCAGUUUGAAUGGAAAAAAUAUAAAGCACAGUUGUUUCCCCAAAUUAGUACAUAACAUACAUUGGGAAUUUUUACUAGCAUUUGCAGGUGUUUCAAUGAAUGAAUUAAAACAAGGAAAGUCUGUUUAUCUAAUGGGAUCCAUUUUCUGUCUAAAUCAGAGGAGUUUAUCUUGCUCUUGGCCCACAAGUUGAUGAGCCAUGAGAUAGGAGCUAAAUUUUUUUUUGCAAUAAAAAUUUUUUUUAAUAUAAAAAUUGGAAUUAAACUAAAAAAUUCCAGCAUAACUGUUGGAACUGAUAAAGCAGCCUUUUGGUAACUGAAAUUACAUUUUAGGAGGUAACUGUAAAUCCUAUUUUUAGUUCUCUGCCUGGUAGAUUCUACUAAUUUACUUUCAAUUUAUUCAAUACCCCAUCACUAAGAUGUUACUCAUUACACUAGCAUGUUAAUUUCAACACACAGAAACUCUUCUGCAGUUUUAUAUAUUGAUCGGGGGAGAGUGGCUUGAUUUCUUUCCCUUUUUUUUCCCUCCUCCAAACUUUCAGAGUACCUUCUUUGAAAUGAGAACUUUGGUUGGGGGAUGGAAAGCAUUGAGAACAUUUGGGAUAUAAAAGCACCUUGUAUCUGAAGGACCAACAGGUAGAUAUGGUUUGAUUGAGAAACACCAGGAAAGGUAAAGACGAUAGGAAGAAUGGUGAGAUUUAGGAGACAGAGUUCUCCAUGGAACACUUUCAGUUAUGUUCUUAUCACUAAGUAAUUAGGAUGCUUUAAACUUACCUUUGUCAGCUGUACUGUUUUUGAAAACUCUAUUGCCCUAGGAUUGUUUCUUCCAUCUGCCAGAUAAAGCUGAAUGGGCUCUGGGUCGUUUUCGUCAUUAUUGUCACAGAUAUAAACAUUGACAAUUAUCCCAUAAUAAAUCUGAAUUAUUCCA